AUGGGAAAGUUUUGGAACAUAAUAGGACUGCUUAUAGUGUUCAUUGCAAUGUACAUUGCAUACACAGCGAGAAAUACCUUCGAUCCAGAAAGCAUACGUGGGAAGCGAGUGGUUGUCACUGGUGCAAGUACCGGUAUUGGAGAAAAAGUCGCCUACCAAUAUGCAAAGCUGGGAGCCAAUAUAUUAAUCACUGCUCGAAGAGAGAUCCGUCUUAAACAGGUAGUGAAGAAAUGUUUAGAAUUGGGUGCCCAAUCCGCACAUUACAUUUCUCUAGACAUGCAAGUUAUUAACGAGACUGGUAAAUUGAUAACUGAAGCUGAGAAGAUACUCGGUGGAUUGGAUUAUCUCGUUUUAAACCACGCCAUCUACAACAUGAAAUUAUGGGAUGGCGAUAUCGAAAGACUUCAUGCACUAAUGAAUAUCAACUUUGUUUCCUAUGUGAAUCUAGCAACCAAAGCACUACCCAUGCUGUCAACGUCUAAUGGUAGCAUCGCUGUGGUCUCAUCUGGUACAGGCCUGUUUAGUUUGCCCGGUGCGGUUUCCUAUUCUGCCUCAAAACACGCCUUGAAUGGGUUCUUUGAAGGAUUGAGACUUGAACUCAAAUAUAAGGAAAUCGAUGUAGCUGUAACAUUGCUUUUACUUGGUGGUAUAACCACUGAUCAUGUGAUUGAUAUGUUACCGAAUCGUGACACUUUGGCACAUUUUGGUGACCCAACUGAGGCUGCCUCAUUCAUCGUGAAAGCCACAAGUUCCAAACAGACAUGGGCUUACUACCCUUGGGUUGGUGUAAGAACCAUGGAAAUAAUACAUACUAUUUCACGUGAUCUAAUUCAUGUCAUGAUAGCAAACUGGUUUUUCCCAAUGCUGAGAAUACUGAAGAUAUAG